CCCCCCCCUCUCUCUCUCUCUCUCUCUCUCUCUCUCUCUCUUACUGCAGCGUUUGGGCUCUGCUCAUACUGGGUUUUGCUUUGUUUUAGCAUCUCUCUCUCUCUCUCUCUCUGAUUUUCAGACAGUCUUCAUCUCUGUCUGUGUUUUAUUUCCGGCGGACCCAUGCACGUGGCCGCGGGCUUGCCGGAAUAACAUCCCGGAGAAAUGGGGUGCAUGUUCUCUCACCUCGCCGCCAAAUUCGCCUUCUUCCCUCCGUCUCCGCCGACGUACCACCUGGCCAAGUCUUCCGACGGCCGUCUCUCCGCCGUCCUCCGCCGCGUCCUCCAGUUUCUCGGCGGGCGGGGGGCAUCCCUGGACGUGCGGGUGGUGGAGACGAGACGAGGCAACAAGAUCGUGACUUUUUACCUGAGGAACCCUCAGGCGAGGCUCACUCUUCUCUACUCCCACGGCAAUGCCGCUGAUUUGGGUCAGCUCUACGAUCUUUUCCUCCAGCUCAAAGUCAAUCUCCGAGUCAAUCUCAUGGGGUACGAUUAUUCCGGUUAUGGAGCUUCUACCGGUAAGCCGAGCGAGUACAAUACAUACGCGGAUAUAGAGGCGGUCUACGAGUGUCUAGAGACGGAGUACGGGGUCGGGCAGGAGGAUUUGAUACUGUACGGACAGUCGGUAGGGAGCGGGCCGACGUUGCACCUCGCGGCCAAGUUACCGAGGCUUAGAGGCGUCGUUCUUCACAGCGGCAUUCUCUCCGGCCUCCGGGUUCUCUGUCACGUCAAGUUCAAGUUUUGCUGCGAUAUCUAUUCGAACAUAAACAAGAUCAAGAAGGUGAAAUGCCCGGUUCUUGUCAUACAUGGGACAGAGGACGAGGUGGUGAAUUGGCUGCACGGGAACGGGCUAUGGAAAAAGGCGAAGGAGCCGUACGAGCCGCUCUGGAUAAAAGGCGGCGGACACUGCAACCUCGAGAUCUACCCCGACUACAUCCGCCACCUCUAUCGCUUCGUCCAAGACAUGGAGAAUCCACCUCCAAGGCUCGUCUCAGAAAGAUCUUGCAAGAACUCCGACAACGCGACGAUCGAUGCUCCACCUGCUGCUUCUGCCGGCCGCCGGGAUGCUUCUCCGGCGGGUGUGGGGGCCCUUUUCCGUCGCCGGGAUGUUUCUCUUGUUGCCGGAAGCCGAGCUGCCGGUGGUGGUGCUGUAUCUGUCCGAAGCCCAGACGCUGCUGCAUCUGUAAAUGUCCGAAAUGCCCUUCCGUAAAAUGUCUGAAAUGCCCUUCCGUAAAAUGCCUGAAAUGCCCUUCUGUGAAAUGUUUCAAAUGCCCUUGUUUCCGGCCAAAAUGUCCGGAAUGCCC